AUCCUGCAUGAUCGUUUUCACUGACGCACUGUAAGUCUGUACCUAUUGUUUAAUUUCAUAAUUUCAUAUCACCUAUUUCUCGUUGACGAAAUCACGACUCGAGUCUUGACAGCCAGCCGCUACGGCUACGAGCGGUGUUUUUACCUAUUCCGAUUUCAAUAAAAAUUUCGGAAUUGUCGUGAUUGAAUCUCAUUCUAUCGCUCGAAUCGUGUAUUUUCAACUUGGCAGCAACGCGAAACCUCGAAUGUCCACGACAUGACGUUCUGAGAUCGACGGCAUUUCCUCAUAUAUACAUCAAGUAUUGAUUUGCAGUUUAAAUGCAGUGAUUGUUACAUAGUCCACGAAACAAUGAAAAUCAACAUCAAGAUACUUAAUGGACAGGAAUGUUCAUUCGACGUACAGAGUGAAAUGACAAUAGCAGAACUAAAAAAUCAUGUAUUUGAAGCACUUAAGGUUCCUGUUAAAGAUCAAAGAUUAUUGCUUACCGGUCGUCCUUUAUGUGAUGAAAAAUCAUUAGUUGAUUAUCCACAAAUAAAGGACGGUACUAGAUUGAACUUAAUUGUUAAACAGCAAAUUAUUAAGCCUGAUGAAUUAGAAGAAAUGAUCACUAAGCAUGUACGAGAACAUUAUAGCACAGAAGAUACAGUCAAGGUAUUAAAAGAAUUCAUGAAAGAAUUUGACCGUUCUCUUACACAGUUCAGCUUAGAUGACUAUGAGCGUAUGGCAGAAUCAUUGUUGACCAACAAUGAACAACAGAAGAGUCAAUAAUAACUGUCAAAGCAUGUGUAAAAAAAAACGAGGAAACAUUAUAAAUUAAGUAAUAAACUUAUUUUUAUCCACAUA